AUGGGGAUAACGUGGUUUGCUUUCUUUCUCUUGUUCACCAUGAUAUUAAGUUUUAGUCAUGGAGAAAUAACUACAGAGAGUCCUUUGUCAAUAGGAAAAACUCUCAGUUCCUCUAAUGGAGUUUAUGAACUUGGGUUCUUUAGUCUUAACAACUCCCAGAAUCAGUAUGUUGGAAUCUGGUUCAAAGGUAUCACUCCUCGGGUGGUUGUGUGGGUGGCCAAUAGAGAAAAUCCUGUUACAGACUCCAAGGCAAAUCUAAGUAUCAGCAGCAAUGGAACUCUUCUCUUACUGGAUAGAAACCAUGGCGUUGUCUGGUCUAGUGAAGGAACUUUCCCAUCUUCUAAAGGUUCUCGUGCAGAGCUUUCAGACAGGGGAAAUCUUAUUGCCAUAGACAACGUUUCCGGACGAAUACUAUGGGAAAGCUUUGCGCAUCUUAGUGAUACUAUGCUCCCUUUCUCACCCUUGACGUGUAAUCUCACGACCGGUGAGAAGCGGGUGUUGACUUCUUGGAAAAGUUACACUGAUCCAUCGCCUGGUGAUUUUGUGACUCAGAUUACACCGCAAGUUCCAUCACAGGUGCUUACCACGAGAGGCUCAAAGCCUUAUUAUCGAAGCGGUCCAUGGGCUAAAAUAAGGUUCACGGGGAUACCACUAAUGAAUGAAACGUUAGCAAGUGAAUUCAGCUAUCCACAGGAUGCAAACGGGUCAGGGUCUUUCUCUUUUGUAGGAAGAGACUCCAAACUUUCACGUCUAGUUCUAACACCAGAGGGCCAUCUUAAAAGGUUUCAACAUAGUGGGACCAAGUGGGAAGUAACCUAUGAGGGUCCAUUAGCCAAUUCAUGCGAUGUUUACGGUUUAUGUGGACCUUUUGGGUUGUGUGUUAGGUCCGUACCUCCAAAGUGUAAAUGCUUCAAAGGGUUUGUUCCAAAAUAUAAAGAGGAGUGGGAAAGAGGAAACUGGACUGAUGGUUGUGUAAGGCGAACCGAACUACUUUGUUAUGGAAACUCUACUGGCAAAUCUCAAAAUGUCUUCCAUCCUGUUGCCAACAUAAAGCCUCCAGACUUUUACAAAUUUGCAGAUUUGGAUGCUGAAGAAUGCUACCAAAGUUGCCUCCGAAACUGUUCUUGCUUGGCCUUUGCUUUUAUUCGGGAAAUUGGGUGCUUAAUGUGGAAUCAUGAGUUAAUGGACACAGUGCAGUUUUCUUCAGGAGGAGAGCUUCUUUCCAUUCGUCUUGCACGUUCUGAGUUGGAUGGAAAUAAGCGCAAGAAGACCAUCACUGCUAGUCUUGUCAGCCUUUUUCUUUUUGUGAUAUUGGGUUCUGCUGUGUUUUGUGUUUGGAGAUACAGAGUGAAACAUAAUGAAAAAAUAUCAAACGAUGCUUCACAAGAUGCAUGGAGCAAUGAUCUGACACCACAAGAUUUCUCAAGUUUAUGUUUCUUUGAAAUGAAUAUUAUUCAAACUGCCACCAAUAAUUUUAGCCUCUCAAAUAAACUUGGGCAUGGUGGAUUUGGUUCAGUUUAUAAGGGGAAGCUUCAAGAUGGCAAAGAAAUUGCUGUAAAACGGCUUUCUAGCAGCUCUAGACAGGGAAAAGAGGAAUUCAUGAAUGAGAUAGUACUCAUCUCAAAACUACAACACAGAAACUUGGUACGAAUUUUUGGAUGUUGCAUUGAAGGAGAAGAGAGACUGUUGAUUUAUGAGUUCAUGGUGUACAAAAGCCUUGAUACUUUUCUCUUUGAUUCAAGUAAAAAGCAUAAGAUUGAUUGGCAAAAGAGAUUUGAUAUCAUUCAAGGUAUUGCGCGUGGACUUCUCUAUCUCCACCAUGACUCACGCCUCAGGGUCAUUCACCGAGAUCUCAAGGUCAGCAAUAUUCUUCUGGAUGAGAACAUGAACCCGAAAAUAUCAGAUUUUGGUUUGGCUCGGAUGUUUGAGGGAGCCCAAUAUGAGGAAAAUACUCGCAGGGUUGUUGGUACUCUAGGAUAUAUGUCUCCUGAGUAUGCAUGGACAGGGAUAUUCUCUGAGAAAUCAGACAUCUAUGCAUUUGGAGUUCUUUUGUUAGAAAUCAUCAGUGGAGAAAAGAUCUCAAGAUUCAACUAUGCAAAAGAAGGAAAAGACCUACUUGAAUAUGUAUGGGAGUCUUGGUGUGAAAAUGGAGGAAUUUUUCUCUUGGACAAAGAUGUUGAUGAUUCAUCCCACCCACUAGAAGUAGCUAGAUGUGUUCAGAUUGGUCUGCUCUGUGUUCAACACCAACCUGUGGACAGACCCAACACACUUGAGUUGAUGUCUAUGCUCACCACAAAAUCAGAUCUUCCAUCACCAGAGAAACCUAUAUUUGUAGUGCAUAAGAGGGAUUAUGAAUCCUUGUCUAAUCCUUUGAUUACCUUCAAUGAGAUGACACAGUCUGUGAUCAUCGGGCGUUAA